AGUUUUCUGACAUAAAUGGAAAUUAUUACAGUAAAUGUAUAAUAAUAAUCGCAAUUCGCUACAAAAUUACAACACAAGAAUGAUAAGAAUAGCGCUGAUGUAGCCGUUCUUACAACAGCCCUAAGCCUUGUGACUAAUUGAUGAUUGUAGUCAUCACGUGACUAAAGUGGUGACUUUUGAUUGGUUGAAAGUGAUUGACGUCUAAAUGAAUUGUUCUUUGGAUGUGACCUUUAUGAAUGUUUCUAUGCGAUGACUGAAUCCGUAACAACAGAUCACCAGACUCUUUCCACUCCUGUUGUUCCUGUCCCGAAAGUUUCAAAUUCUGAGGCAUCAAUCCAAGAGAAAGCAGAAAAGUAUGGUUUGAAAAUUGAACAGGCAAAAGCAUUCAAGGAAGUGUUCGAUUUGUUUGAUGAGUACGGUGGCGGCACAAUCGAAGCUGAACAGCUAGACGCUACAAUGAAAUCUGUUGACAUUACCCUCACCCAAGAGGAUAUCAAGAGCAUUCUACAAGUAAUCGAUACAGGUAAUGGGGAAAUCGACUUUGAUGACUUCCUUCGUCUUAUGAUGUCAACAGAUAAAUAUGUGGCAACAAAACUUGAACUUAAAGAAAAUCAGCAAACAUCAAACGCGCGGCAAUCAAUUUUCUUAUCAGCAUUAACACGAUUUCUGAAGGCAUCUGCUAUGUCAUCUCUAGCCGAGCUUCAAAGGUUUUACAACAUCCAAGAAAGAAAAGCACCACACGUCGUUAGAGAUUACGCCGAUGGACAAAGAGUAAUUGGUCUGACAGCAAAACAACUAGAAAAACGUCUGGCUGCCCUUCGAGCAAGCAACAAGGAAAACCAAGACUCCCCCUAUGCCCAACCAGUUUUCCACCUCAACCAAAAGGAUCGGCAACCCACCAGAAAAUGGAUUCAAAAAAAAUUUCACAAAUCCGGCAAACACACAAUCAAACUUAUCGUCUUAUUGAAGUUUGGCGCAUUUAAGACAACUCCAAACACCCAGCAAACAAACCCACCAACAAAUGACACACACAAACAACAACAUUCAAACGCUACAGAAAAGCAGAAAAGGAGUGGGGCACUAUCGACGAGCAGACGAAGGCGGCACAAAAGUUGGGCAAGGAAAGUGAACUUCACGAGUGGAGUCACUCUACCGAGACUUGAUAAGUCAAUGAAGCUGUCAGAGCUGGGAAAUCUGACUGUAGACAAGCUGCCAACCAUUAGGAAAAAAGUAUCUGCUGCUAUUGUUGACUAUUACAAGCAACUUAACCAAAUGAGAGACAUGCUAUCCAAGAAGCAUUGGAAGGAUCUGUGCAUAGAAAGCGUUCCGUCUCCUUACUUACGAAAAAUUUUUAAAGAAGUAUUCGAGGCAUAUACUGAAGGACAAAAGAUCAGCCUGCCAUGGAUCUCUCCGUAACUGAAGAGUCAACACAGCUCAACUAUCACACCAGAGUUUCCACACUAGCCAACACAAUGGCAUCAACUCUGACUAU